GCCCAGCCCAGCCCAGUACAUUCAUCGCCGUGUUAUGUUUCUCUUUCUUCCCUAGUCCCUGUUUCAGCUUAGAGCUGUGAAGAAAUCUCCUUUGAAAUUGCUUCGUGUGCGGUGCAGCCUUCAAGAAGAGUACCGUUUUCCAUUGAAUUUUCUUCUUCUUUCGUUUCGUUGUUUCCUAAACCUCCGCCGCCUCCGACGGAAUGGGCAGACAGAAAGGUGACGCUGCUAGGAGCAAGGCCCGUCCCUCAAGCAGCAGCCUAGCUGCUUCUCUAUUGCCUUCUUCUUCCGCCGCCUCAACCGUUGGAUUCGGUGGCUAUGUCGGUAGCUCUCGCUUCGAUUCUUCUCAGUCUCCGGAAACUUCUUCCUUUUUGGAUGUAGAUGGUGAAGUGGCACAACACUUGAAAAGGCUAGCAAGAAAGGAUCCUACCACCAAGCUUAAAGCUUUGACAUCUCUAUCUGAGCAGUUCAAGCAAAAGUCUUCCAAGGAAUUAACACCCAUUAUUCCACAGUGGACAUUUGAGUACAAGAAACUGUUGAUGGACUACAAUAGAGAGGUUCGCCGGGCUACUCAUGAAACCAUGACUAAUCUUGUCACUGCUGUCGGGAGAGAUUUGGCUCCACAUUUGAAGUCUUUGAUGGGACCAUGGUGGUUCUCUCAAUUUGAUCCAAAUCCUGAGGUUUCCCAAGCUGCAAAGCGAUCAUUACAGGCAGCCUUCCCAGCUCAAGAAAGGAGACUAGAUGCUUUAAUCUUAUGCACGGCAGAGAUUUUUAUCUAUUUGGAGGAAAAUUUGAAACUUACUCCUCAAAAUUUGUCAGAUAAAGAAGUUGCUGUGGACGAACUGGAAGAGAUGCACCAGCAGGUGAUAUCUUCAUCAUUGCUGGCUUUUGCCACACUUCUUGACAUUUUGGUGUCUGUGCAAUUAGACAAACCUGGUUUGGAAAAUGUAGCUGCUGAGCCAAAGCAUGCUUCUAAGGCUAGGGCAGCUGCUAUUUCUUUUUCUGAAAAGGCUUUCUCUGCUCAUAAAUACUUUCUAGACUUUUUGAAGUCUCAAAGUUCUGCUAUCCGCUCAGCUACGUAUUCAGUGUUACGAAGUUUCAUUAAAAAUGUUCCUCAAGUUUUUAAUGAGGGAAAUAUAAAGAUACUUGCUGCACCAAUUCUUGGUGCUUUCCAGGAAAAGGAUCCAGCUUGUCAUUCUUUGAUGUGGGAUGCAAUAUUGCUAUUUUGUAAGAGGUUCCCUGACAGUUGGAAUUCAGUAAACAUUCAGAAAACUGUCUUAAAUCGACUUUGGCAUUUUCUUAGGAAUGGGUGCUUUGGAUCUCAGCAGGUUUCAUAUCCAGCAUUGGUUCUAUUUUUAGAUAUUAUUCCUGCUAAAGCAAUAGCGGGAGAGAAGUUUUUUCUUGAUUUUUUCCAUAACUUAUGGGCUGGAAGGAACCCUGUACAUUCUUCUAGCUCUGAUCAACUAGCAUUUUUCCAGGCUCUCAAAGAAUGUUUUGUUUGGGGAUUAAAUAAUGCUCCAAGAUUUUGUGAUGGUGUUGAUUCCAUGUUUCAAUUUCGGAUCACCUUGGUUGACAAUAUCCUAGUGAAGCUUCUGUGGCAGGACUACCUAUUGUCUAUCAGAUCACAAGAUCAGGACAGCAAUUUACCUCUUCAUGAGAAGGCGAUGACAACUUCAAAUCUCAAGCAUUCGAUAAGUUAUUUGCACGGUUUGGGAAAGUGCAUCAUUGAAAUUCUUUCAGGUAUCUUUUUACUGGAACAUAAUCUUCUCUCUCACUUUUGUGUGGAAUUCCAAGAUUUUUGUAUGGAGCUACUCCAACAUCAAGAGAAUAUAGAGAGGCCCCCAGAGAAACUAGAACAGAUAAAUAAAUUCCUAUUUUUGCUGGGACAACACAUGAAGCAAAAGGGCGAAGCUUGGCCUCUGGAGUAUUUGGUGGGGCCAAUGUUAGCUAAAUCUUUCCCAUUAAUCAGAUCAAUUGAUUCACCAGAUGGUGUGAAGCUUUUAGCAGUUUCUGUUUCAAUAUUUGGACCAUGGAAGAUACUCAGGGAGCUAUUUUCCAACAGUGAUGUUCUACUUUCUUGUAAUCUUUCUGAUGACAAGGACAGAGAACUGAAUGCGGGGUACUUUCUGCAAGUUUUCAAGGAAAUAUUUAUCCCUUGGUGUUUGGAUGGACAUAAUUGCUCCACCAAUGCUAGGUUGGAUCUGUUGCUUGCAUUGCUUGAUGAUGAAUGCUUCUCUGAGCAGUGGCAUGCCAUUAUCACUUACACAACUGAAUCUGUCUCUAGCCUAUCUGAAGGUAGCCUUGGCUCCUCCAACUCUAAUUACAUAGAAAUGUUGGCUAUUCUCUUGGAGAGAGCAAGAAAAGAAAUUGCAAAACGAAAGGUAGGAGGAGAUUUGUGUCAUGGGCAAGGCUUCAAACUAGAUCACUGGCAUCAUGAACUUCUAGAAUCGGCUGCUGUUUCUGUUGCCUGUUCCCUUCCACCUUUUGGAACUUAUGAUGUGCUGUUUAUACGUGCUGUUCUUGGUGGCUCAACAGAAGGAGAUAAAUAUUCUUUUGUGUCUAGAAAGUCAGUGGUCCAGAUAUUUAAGGAGGUUUUCAGAAAGUUGAACUCCUUUCUUCUUGAAUCCUCUUUCAUUUCUGUAAAGGAAGCAGGUGCUGUUUUAGCUUUGAGGGAGAAUGAUCUUAGAUUGGAAAAUAAGAGCUUAAGAAAUGUGAUUGAGAUGGCUCAGUUUGCUCUUGAAGUACUUGAUGGUAGCUUCUUUUGCCUACAGACACUUGAUGAUGAAAAUGACUUGGUUUCAAGUAUUUUAGCUGCAUUGCUUAUUAUUGAUUGGGAGUAUAGUAUGGAAGCAGCCAUAGAUGAUGAAUCAAAGAAACAAAUCAAGGGCCGGAUGACUUUUUGUGAAUCAGUGCAUGGUUUCCGUUCCAAGAUAAGUAAUCAGUUAUGGGAAGAACUCAGCAUUGAUGUUAGACGAAGACUGCAGAAUAACUUGAUUCUCUUUAUCAGGUCUGCCCUCUUCAAGGAAGAUAAACUAGAGACCAGCAAAAUUGCAUCUUUGAGCUGCACAUGGGUGCUUGAAGUCAUUGAAUGCCUGUGUCAGGAUCAGUAUCAGGAACAAGACCUUUUAGAUAAUCUUCUGAGGAAGUAUGAUAUGUGGCCUCUGUGGAUCACUCCUGACUUUAGCUCCCCAAAUGGGCCAGCAACAUUAAAUCCUGAAAAAGUACUCUCUCUCUCUCAGGCAUCUUGGAAUCACAAGAUUGUAUCUCUAAUUGGCAAGCUUAUGAUGAAACUUGGGUUUGAUAAAGUUUUUUUUGGUAAUGUAAUGCACUUGCCAUCAUCAUCACUCAAGGAGACCAGGGAUGAGGUUGCUUCUCGAGCUUGGCUUGCUGCUGAAGUAUUAUGCACCUGGAAAUGGCCAGGAGGCAAUGCUUUAACUUCAUUUUUACCUACACUGACUUCAUUUGCCAAGAUUGAAAAUGGCUCCUCCCUGGGAUGCUUGUUAGACUCUAUUUUCAAUAUUUUGCUUGAUGGUGCUCUUUUUCAUGGAGGAAGUUGUUUGAAGUGUUUAUCUACCAUACCGCUUACUUGGGGGGAAGGAUUUGAGGAUAUUGAAGAGCCCUUUUUGAGAGCUCUUAUUGCUUUGCUUUUCACUUUGUUUAAGGAAAAUACGUGGGGAGCAGAAAAGGCUAUGACUCUGUUUGAGCUUCUCGUAAAUAAACUAUUUAUAGGUGAAGCAGUAAACACAAAUUGUCUGAGGAUUUUUCCUCUUAUCUUAUGUACUCUCAUGCCACCAAUAUGUCAAAUGAGCAAAUCAGGUGAAUGUGGCAGUGACGAUAAACAUGGUAUGCUUGAGGUAAAUCAGAUCCAGUAUACCAUCAAAAGCUGGCUUCAGAGAACUCUUUCAUUCCCUCCUUUGCUCACAUGGCAAAGUGGAGAAGAUAUGGAAGAAUGGUUUCAAUUGAUCAUCUCCUGUUAUCCUUUACAAGCGGUAGGGGGAGCUGAAGUGAUGAAGCUAGAAAGACAGGUUGGCCAAGAAGAAAAAAUUCUAUUACUUGAUUUAUUCCGGAAGCAGAGACAUGACGCUGCAAGAUCAGUCACAGCUAAUCAGCUGCCAGUUGUGGGGAUGUUGUUAUCAAAGCUAAUGGUCAUUGCAGUUGGUUAUUGCUGGAAGGAAUUUAAUGAAGAAGAUUGGGAGUUUCUCUUCUUACACUUGAGAAACUGGAUUGAAUCAGCAGUGGUGAUGAUGGAGGAAGUUGCUGAAAAUGUGAAUGAUGCAAAUACUGCAAACUCUUCUUCUGAUGACCUGGAUCUUUUGCUUCUAAAACUUGAAAAGAUUGUGUUGGUUUCUGGCCCUUCCUUAACCAUAGCUGAAAAUGCCCUUGUAUCAUUUUCUAUUUUUUGUGGGCUUUUGCUAUUCCAACCAACAGGGGAUGCAGAUAAUUUAAACCCAUUGAGAUCAGAAAGGUUGGAAACCACUGUAGAUCAAAUUCAAGAGAGUAUUCUUCGCUUAUUCUUUUCCACUGGCAUUGCUGAGGCCAUCGCACAUUCCUAUGGUCUUAAGGCUGCUUCAAUUAUAGCUUCCUCGAGAUCUGUCCAUCACUCAUUUUGGGAGUUGGUGGCUUCAACUGUUGUUAAAUCAUCUGCUCACACUAGAGAUAAAGCAGUCAAAUCAGUUGAACUUUGGGGGCUGAGCAAAGGGCCUAUUAGCUCUUUGUAUGCCAUUCUAUUUUCUUCUGGACCAAUUCCAGCUUUGCAGCUUGCUGCCUAUGUUGUCCUAUCAACUGAACCUGUCUCUCAGCGGGCUGUCUUUCGUGAAGGCACUACAUGUUGCUUAGAUGGUGAUUUGAGUGCAGACCAAGAGUCAAGCCAAAUUGAUUUUUCAUCCGAAGAAAAUGUCCAUUUGAAGGAGGAAUUGUCUCACAUGAUUGAGCAGCUACCAUAUGAUGUUCUUGAUAUGGAUUUAGUGGUAGAGCAACGGGUGCAUCUGUUCCUUGCAUGGUCUUUGUUGUUAUCCCAUUUGUGGUCAUUACCAUCAUCAUCAUCCCAAAGGGAGAGAUUGGUACAGUAUAUACAAGAUUCAGCUAAUUCAGCGAUAUUGGAUUGCCUUUUUCAGCACAUUCCUUUAGACUUAUGCUUAGCACAUAUUCUAAAGAAGAAGGAUGAGCAGCUCCCUACUGUUUUGUCAGAGGCUGCAACUGCAGCAACGAGUGCCAUUUUGAAAGGGUCAUUACUGUUUGCUGUGGAAUCACUUUGGCCUAUCAAUGCUGUAAAAAUGGCUUCCCUUGCUGGAGCCAUAUAUGGUUUGAUGUUGCACCUGCUUCCUGCUUAUGUUAGGGGGUGGUUUAGUGACUUACGUGACAGAUCUACCUCAUCGUUGAUUGAAUCUUUUACAAGAGCAUGGUGCAGUCCUCCUCUCAUUGCAAAUGAACUAUCUCUGAUAAAGAAAGCCAAUAUUGCAGACGAGAACUUCACUGUUAGCGUUAGCAAAGCAGCAAAUGAGGUUGUUGCUACGUAUACAAAGGAUGAGACUGGAAUGGAUCUAGUCAUCCGUCUUCCUGCAUCUUAUCCAUUGCGAUCAGUGGAUGUUGAUUGUACGAGGAGCUUAGGGAUAAGUGAAGUGAAGCAGAGGAAAUGGUUAAUGUCUAUGAUGUUGUUUGUCCGCAAUCAGAAUGGAGCUUUAGCUGAAGCAAUAAGAAUAUGGAAGCGCAAUUUUGACAAGGAAUUUGAAGGUGUUGAAGAGUGCCCUAUAUGUUACAGUGUGAUCCACACUGUGAACCACAGCCUCCCCCGCCUUGCUUGCAAGACCUGCAAACACAAGUUUCAUUCAGCCUGCCUCUAUAAGUGGUUCUCAACAUCUCACAAGUCUUCGUGCCCGUUAUGCCAGUCUCCAUUCUAACCUCGUUUCAGUUUUAGUUGUUUUUUGUUUUUGGAUAAAAUGUACUCAAAUGGAAUACAAAAAUUCUAAAUGGUUAUAGUUUAUAUAUGCUAAUUAAGUUAAGGCGCAAGG